CCAUCGAAAUGUGAUUUCAAAACACUUACAGCAUGAUCCCCUCUAAUCCUUUGUUUGGUUUGCGAUAUUGUUAUUACGGGUCUAAUACAUUACUGAUUUAAUCCCUAAAAUCUAUCCAUUUCUAAUCCCUUCCCUUUUGCUCAGUUUAGGUGCUGCUUCAAUUUACCCUCCCUGUUUUACCCUCUCGGCUUCCCCUUUCCGUCUUCUGUUCCUCCCUGUUUAGCCCAAUGAUCAUCAACUCAAAAACAUACAAGAAGAAAGCCCUAUCGAUUCGUUUUAUGGAAAAAUCAGGGUUAGUUGAUUCGUACAGAGCUCAAUUUCUGAAUGUUAUGAAAAGUAGCAAAGCAUUUCUCUUUCACUCGAUUUCGUCUGAACCUGAACCAGAACCAGACGAGCCAACUCUUCAAACGUCAACUAUUCACCGAUCGAUCCCAAACUUUCUGAGUGGAGAAUGGUGAAUGUUCCCUCUUUGGUGUCUCUGAGCAUUGACGCACUUAAAAGAGAACUCAUUCACGGGGAUGAUCUUUUGCCGCAUGUCUAUGAACUUCCUCUGGAGUUGUUCAAUUCAGUAGUAGAAUGUCUACCUCCUCUGGCCUUGCAGAAGUUGCAAAGUGAAAUGCCAUUUAAGAACUAUGAUGACUAUGGUCCUUUUAGUGAUGACUUAAAAAUGGGGAGAAAACGUGGAAGUGCUAGUUUCUUACAGAUAUGGGAAUUUCGAUACAGCGUGGAAGGCAUUGUUUAAGUUUCGUUGGCCUGAUCUUGCGGAGUGUGUCAAACCAGUUGAUUGGCAGCAGAUUUACUGGGAAACUCAUGUGCAGAAGAAUGUUGUUCCAAUUAACAUGCUAAUUCUUAUUAUUUAGGCCUCUUCUUGGAUUCUGUUAUGAUCUAUCCUUUUUUAUUAAAUGGAAAGACAGUUGCCUAGAUGAAGCAGCAGAGAUAGCUUUGCUUCCAUCAUUUAGUGGAUGCCUUGGUGAGAUACAGAUUUUAGGUGCAAAAGCUAAUGGGUUCAACACCAUUGGAUCUUGCCAAGUUUAAUAUGGUAAAGAGUGGAGAAAUGAGCCGUAAUGCUCCUUGUUCAUGUGGUUCCAAGAAGAGAUACAAAAGGUAAUUUGGCACACUAUUUCCCAGCGAUCUGUGUUGCUGUGAGUAGCUCAUAACCUGGACGCAGUGCUUAAGAGAUUUUAUGUCCUCAACCACGGAAUGUUUUUCCAGUGCCAGUGUUGUUCCCUUCAAGUAGCACAAUUUGUUUAUCUUCUUUCAUAAGAAGUUUCGCUUUGUGAGCUAGUUUCGUUUGGAUACUUAUAUGUUGUUGGGGUCUACUUUAGCAUCUAACUUUACAUGUAGGUCUAUUUUGACUAUGAAUUUAUAUUCCGUCCAAAUUUAUUGAUGUGAGACAAUCUUAAAGUUUUAUGUCAAUAAAAUUUUAUACAUUUCAAGUUCAAAGAUUAAAA